GUUCAUUUUUGCAUACAAGCUAUAGUUUACCGCACCUACCUACACUCGUAAGAGGCCCUUCCACAUUUACAUCGUAUUUUCAAUGCCUGCUUUGCAACCCGAAUUUAGGGGGGGAUUAGAGAUUAGAGUGGGGAAAUUAUCUACGGAAGCCAGCCGGGGCCAGGCUACUGGUUUCUUUUGCUCCUCUAUUUUUCCUCACGCAACAAGCUAUCAAGGUGCGUACGGUAACAGUUGUCCACACUCUGCACUGUCUCAACGCUAAUGCAAAGUGAGUCUAUUAUCUUGUGGUAGCAGAUCUCGAGCAAUCGACCCACCUACCGUACCCCAUCAAGAUGUCUCAACUCGGCUCUAAAGUGAGCAAAGGAUUCCUGACCAUUUGCGGCGGUGGGAAUUCAACCCUGAUCACUGCUGCACUUGCAAAGUCCGUUGGUUGGGAUGUCGCGAUUCUGACACGAAGGCCAGAAGAGUUCAACGGAGGAAAAAACAUUGGCUUCAUCAACAAUGACAAAGGGUAUCUUGGCGGGCAAGAGAAAAUCUUGGUAGAUAUCGAUUGUGUGACCAGAAAUGCAGCAGAUUGCAUCCCUCAGUCAACGAUGGUGAUGAUUGCAGGAUUACCCGUCCAUCUCAACAAAGUCGUGCUCAACAAGAUCAAAGACCAUCUCAACAAAGAUCGUCUGACCCACAUUGGUUCCAUCUGUUCCUACGGUGGCUUUGACUGGAUAGUUCAGGAAUGCCUAGGGGACACUGGAAACUACUCCAUUUUUGGCACGCAGCUCAUCCCCUAUUGCUGUGGCACAAAGGAGUAUGGGAAAUUGGGUGAUCUUUUUGGCGCCAAGGACUUUGUUCGGUUUUGCACUGUCGAUGGCAAAGACAGAUAUGAUCUGAAAGAGGCGUGGACAGAAAUUCUACGAAUGCCCCUUUACGACACUGACUUUUUGACUAGCAUCCUCUUCCCAAACAACCCUGUGAUUCAUGCUCCCAUUCUGUAUGGCUUGUUCGCAGAAUGGGAUGGAGUGACGCCAUAUGACCCCAAGGAAGUUCCUGAAUACGUCUAUCGGGAUCUGCGAACACGGAGUGGAGCAUGUCUCCAGGCAUUGGAUGAUGAGGUCCAGCUGAUUGUGCAGGAGUUACGAAAAGCAAUUCCCAAGUCAGAAGGGCUCAAGGAGAAUUUGGAGCUGGGCCACAACAUCGUUGCCAAUUAUGGUGAUCUUGUCCGCAACACAAAUGGUAUGGAUGCGAUUUUCAUGAGCAAUCUUGCCUAUGCACACCACAAGCUACCAUACAUCCAGGUCGACGGUGGGGUGGUCCCAGAUGUGAGACACAAGUUCUUUGAGACAGACCUCCCAUUUGGAUUGAUUGCCUUCAAGGACUUUGCACUAAUGGUGGGUGUAGAGACACCACUGCUGGAUGAGAUCAUCUACUGGAAUCAACGACUGCUGGGCGUGGAAUACAUGGUGGAUGGAAAACUUACGGGAAAGGACAUCCUCCAAUGCUCUUAUGCAUCCAAGCAUGGACUUGGUCUGCAAGAGCUGGCAGCAGUAUAUGAAGACGAUGGAAGGGAACUGAAGUCAAAUGGCAUGCUGAGCGAACUCUAGAGUGUUCGUGCCUGGAUGUUGCUGCUCCCCUUCCCGGUCUUGGCUUCCUUGGGCUUUUCGAUGUGCCAGCCCGGAGAAGGAUGCGAGGAUUGGACUUGAUCUAGAACUUCUGAGCACCGUACCUGUACCAUCAUUUAGAUCGUUUAGUUUUAGGCGCUAUCUAGCUACCCACAUAACAUC